UUAAAAGCAUUCGCCGGCAGUCGGCCGUCUCCAAACGAACUUGAGCUUUGCGCCGCGCUACGUUGCUUGUUGUUCUGUUCUGUUUAUUGCAGUUGCACAAACGAAACCUUUUUCGAACUCGGAAUUUCACUCCCAGCAUUUCCAGGGAAGAAAGUGAUAGUGUUCGCAGGUCCUACCCAUUGUUAUCGACUAAUUGCUAAAUUCACUGUGGAGCGUUAACCGUCGGUGAGGUGGAAAUCCGGCUCGGAAGAAUCCCAAGUGCAAAAUCGAUUCCAUUAAGACGUUAGCAAAGGGGUAGACGAAAACACAGCUGACGCCUGUCAAGUUCCUUGACUUCCUUGGCCGACGAGCGGACGUGAAGGCAGCGGCAAGUGUGGUUUGUUUUGAAGUUGGAGUUUGGGUAGUUUCCUGGACAAUUGGAGGAAGUGCUGGGUUUCAAAUUAGGUUUGCGGGUCGAGCUCCUCUUACGCCGACAUGACUACGCAGGGGAAGCCGUGCUGCGAAUGUCCAGCCUCAGCGUGCAAGGAUUUAACGAAAUUAAUAGUGAACAGUGAUAGCGAGAGGGAAAUUAAUAAAUUGCCGAUAACGAUAGAUGAGAACCGGGUCAUCGAAGGAGCUAUAGAAAUCCUGCGUGUCAUUCGCCCCCACUGGGACCUGGAACGGGUUCAUUUCAAGAUGUUCACAGAUGGGAUAACAAACAAAUUGGUUGGGUGCUUCUACCAGUCGAAGGAAGACGAGGGACAACGUGGUGAUAAUGAUACCAAUCAUCAGCAACCCACGCCACAAAUGAAUGGGAACAACCACGCUGGAGCGACCGAUGCAGUCUCUGAAAGUGCGAAUGAAAACACGGAGACGGUAAAAACAUCCAUCUUUGAUACAACAGAUCCGGAAAAUGUUGUUUUAGUUCGUGUGUAUGGAAAUAAGACUGACAUGUUGAUUGAUCGAAAAGCCGAAACACGUAAUAUUAGAUUGAUGCACCAACAUGGUUUUGCACCUCAGUUAUUUGCAAUAUUUAAGAAUGGUCUUGCGUACGAAUUCAUCCCCGGAGAAACGCUCAAUCCGCAAAAAGUUCGACUGCCAGAAGUGUGGAGAUUGGUCGCAGUACGAAUGGCUCAGAUGCAUAAAAUCGAUUGCGGUCCUAAAGUGGCGAAAACGCCGAUGCUACCAAGUACAAUGGAAAAAUUCUUCAAUUUAGUACCUAAUGUAUUUAGCGAUCCAGUAAAACAUGAAAGGCUGAAAGAUACUUUCCUGCCAAUUCAAAAACUGCGAGAUGAUUUUGCUGAUCUUCUUGCACGACUCGAGAAAUUACAAAGCCCCGUGGUAUUUGCACACAACGAUCUGCUAUUAACUAACAUUAUAUAUACGGAGUCUCUUAACCGUGUUACUUUUAUAGAUUAUGAGUAUGCGGCUUAUAAUUUCCAGGCGUUUGAUAUUGGCAACCACUUCGCCGAAUUCGCAGGUGUCGAUGAAGUCGACUAUUCGCGGUAUCCAUCAAAAGAGUUCCAGUUGAACUGGUUGCGAGUAUAUUUAGAAGAAUAUCAGAGCCCAGGGCAAGUAACAGAAAAAGACGUUGAACGCCUAUAUGUUGCUGUAAAUCAGUUCGCUUUGGCUGCUCAUUAUUUAUGGAUUGUUUGGGGGUUAAUUCAGGCUGAAUACUCUACAAUCGACUUCAAUUAUGCAGAGUACGCUCUGAUGCGAUAUAAAGAAUAUCUGGCCAAGCGGGACCAAUUCCUGUCGUUAGAAUACAAAGACUAGUGAAAGAAGGAAAGACUACUAUUUGUUAACAGAACUGUGAAUCUUGUACAUUCGGAUAUCAUUCCAUAAAAUGUUGAUUUUGUAAUAUACUUUGAACCAUUUUUAUUACGAUUUUAGGAUAUUUCUUUGUUAUGUAAUGUCAUACGAAACUUGUCACAAACGUAAUUCUAUAUUUUAAAAUAUUUACUCGUUUGCUCGAAGCCAAAGUACGUUUUGGAACCUAAGAUGUAGUUUAAGUGGUCAACAAAUUUUCAUUGUUUUUAUUUCAGUCACGAAAAUUGUUUUUGUCAAUCAUUGACACGUAAAGAUCGAAUAAAAUAUUCGAAAUUGUAAAUUUUAUUUUUGAAUAUAACGAACAUGUUAAUAAAAUUGUAAACAUUGAAAUACAAAU